AUGGAGGCCUUCUCCACCGAUCCGCCCCGCAGGGCCCGUCGAUCAUCCAUCUCGGACCACAUCCACCGCGUCUUUAGCAAAUCUAUCGAUGUAAGUAACAGUAAAAAUAAUGGACGAACUUCAUUUGACCCCUUGAAGAAACGACACAGUCAAAAUGGCGAAUUUGUUCCCCCGAUUCCCUUUCUUGCUCGCGAAGCUCUCGCACAUGACACAACCGAUAAUAAUUCCUAUGCGAAGCACUCCUUGUACGAUGAGACAGGGCUCAGCUCGCUCUCUUACUCCUCCAACUCUCGUUUGCCCUCUACCGGUACACCUGGCUCAAGUCUAUCAGUCACAAACGGGCCCCCUGUGCAGGACGAUACUCCGACCCAACAAAUGACGGCCUUGGCUACCCGUCCCAACGGAGAUGGUGACAAUCUUUGCAAACCGCCAACCUGGGUCAAACCCAACAAGAAAGAAAAGCGUGUCACAAAGCGCCUGGAAGCCGAGAGAAAGGAACUAGAGAAGCGCUUGCUAGCACUUGAGGACGCUCAAUCCAAGGCCGACCAUGAAAGAUCCUCUCGCCGACUGACCAAGAAACAACCCGUGGGCAGCUCAAGCAGAAGCUCUAGUGUAAAUGCAGAGCGUCCGAGAUCGUCAAGUGGCCUGUCCUCGAUAUUCCGACGAUCGCGCCGGAAUUCAAAUUCGAGUGAGCAAGACUUUCCGUCUGCCGAGUUUAGCCAGCUCAGGACAGAUACGAACCCACCUUCUCUGCCUUUGACUCUACCGGAAAGGUUUGGAACGGCUAUCACCCGAGAGCUACAGUCCAAGCAUGGCACCGCACUGAAUCUAUCCGCUUCUAAAACGCCCAAACCAACCCAGCACAACCGUUUGCACGCCUCGGCAAAGUCUGAUGAUCUUCGUGAGAACUGGAGGAUGGCUGAAGCAUGGAAGACAAAGGACGGCCGUGAGUCUAAUCGGUCAGUGUCGGAGCAGAUUCCCAUCGGUAGUCGGCCCGUGAUUGGAAACGGUGCUCGAAACGGCGUGACACUAGCAUCCUCGGGCGAUCUGGAUAGGGAGUUGUUUUCCGCAGCUUUGAAACAUGACAGGAAGAGUGUGCCCGCGGCGGAUCAUCCCAUUGAUCGUCUCGCUCGUUCUGCCAGGGCUACUAGCAUGCCAAUCUCGCAAAGCUUGAGACAGCUUAACUUCUAUUCACCCGGCCAUCCUGAUUCGCCUACCCAAGUUACCACGGCUCGUCAGUUGCAGGAGAUGACACCUCCAGAAUCUCCAGACAAUUCAUCAAGUCCAUCCAGUGCCAGGUCUUACCAACCAUUUAACCCGGCACAAACAAAUUCCACGGGAAACCUUGCCAGGAAGAACCGAGUGGAUCCCUUCCCACGAACCUACAAGUCGUCUCCCCUCGCCCUGAAUCCUGCAAAUACGGAUGAAUCGUCCCAGAAUGAUUCCAGGAUUCCAAGCCCACCGACAACACAAAACCUUAAUCAUGAAACCCCAUCCCAGGCAUCACACUCCCCCGCUCAACCUCAUCUCGAGGAUCGAGGAAGAAGCCGGUUGCCUAUCGCUUCGUCGCAUGCCCCCAAACGAACCUCGAGUCGUUUCAAGGAAAACUUCCAAGAGACCACGCAGUCGAUCGAACAGCCACAGAUCCCCGUCAAGAGCGAAAGACGGAGUCUCGAGAUUCGAAGAAUGCCAACCACGUCAACUGAUACGCUUAGAGAAAUCCCGGUGUCUCCUUUCCAGGUAGCAGUCAGAUCUCCAUUCCAUACAGGAAGUGUUUCGCCCGACGAGAGAAACAGCCGAACAUCGAAAGACCUGUCGGAUGGCACUUACACUGUUCCCGCGAGAUCUCCCGGUCGAUCUUCUCGUACUUCCGCCGAACUCGCAGGGAAUAUCCUUUCUGUUGGAGGACCUGGUGGUUUCAUACCGGGCCAUAGCCGCACUCCUUCACACAGCUCCUCCAACGACAAUCAUUCAAAUUAUGACACUGCUGACGAAGAUACACCUGAAUCCCCUGGAUUCAAACGCGACUCGCUGACUCGCGUGGAUACCAGUCCCGCGAUUUCUGCUGUUGAAGCGCCGACUGCACAGGAGUCUCCAGUCAGUCCACUCAUUGAACCCAGCUCACAGCCAGACAUCCAACCUGUUAUUCAACCCGGUGUCCAGCCUAGCAUUCAAGCCAGCACACAAGCCAGCACCCAACCCGGCGCUCACCCUGGCGACCAACCUGGCACGCACCCUAUCCAGCAGCCUGGCUCUCACCCCGAUGCCUAUCGCGGCAUACAGCGCAGCCCUCAACCUGGCACUCAGCCCGACCUUGCUCCCGGCAUGCAGCCCAGUGCCCAACCAGGUACCCAAACUGGCAGCCCCCAGACCCGACCAGGACCCAUGAGCAUCCUCAAAAGAAGAUCUCAAAAAGCGAAAGAAGCCCGCAGCCCGCAAACCAUCGCCAAGCUCUUCGUAAUCUGCUGCCGCUGCAAGUACUGGCACGAUCUACCCUCCGAAGUCUACGCGCGUCUCGCCUGUCCCGAGCGUCUAGGCUCGGAUUUCAAGCUGGGCAGAUCCAGUUCCAAGAAACAGCCCGACACCGGUACGCGCAAGCUGAUAAGUUCACGAUCUCUGCCAUUCGGUCAAUUCCCAGCUCCCCAUGCUACCCAGGGCAUGUCCGAUCUACGGCCAGCGCCACUUCUACCUCGCAAGGUGACCUGCUGCUGGUGUGGACAUAAUAUAAGCCGAUCUUGCUGUGAGGGCUGGACUACUGUUGUUGAGAUGCGUGAGCGGCAUCAUUGA